ACAAACGUAUAAGCAAAUGAUAAAAUGUCAAUACCAGAUUGUUGAUCAAAUUCAUACCUUGCUCAAGUUCUUUGAUUUCCUCAAAUUUAUCUUCCUUAUCAAUUGAAAGAGUACUUGAUCGAGGAGGUGGAAUCCUUGCCAGACGGCGGAGAGAAAUCAUCAGAGAGAAAAAGGGUUGUUGAUUGUUUGGGUUUUUGUCGAGGAGGUGGAGAAAUCGUCGACAUCGAUCGAGGGAUUGGAAGACGCACAUGCACGAGGAAAGAAGACAUGAAUAGUGUUUAUGACUCAGUAUUAUUAAGACCGAGCCAGCGGAUCAAGAUAGGGUGCAUAACCAAAUAUGGACCUUUCAUUUAGAAAAUCCAGAUCUAAGGAUGAAGAAUUAAAGACCAUUUUUAUUUUUCCCAACUUUUUUAAUUGGCUCAUAUCUUUUUAGUUUUAACUCGGAUUUUAAUUUUUUUUUGCACAGAUGGAACGAGUUCAUCUUGCUCUACAAAAUGAGAUCAAUUUUCAAUUUUUUUGAGAAAAAAAAUUCUAGCCUCUCGGUACCAACUGCAUACCAUAUGGUAUUUUCUUCGUUUUAAUUCGUUUUUUAAAAGUUUGCACAGAAGGGACGAGUUCAUCAUGAUCUAUUGGAUCCACAAAUUUCUGGGUGAACAAAUUACAUGACAAAAAAAUACCACACAAUACCAUACAAUACCAUCCUGGUACGGGGUGGUAUAUUAUGUACACAAUGAUAAAAGUCGUAAAUGACAGUUAAUAUACUUCUACUAUCAUGUAUUCAACCAUCCUACAGUCUUGGUUUGUUCAUGUCACCCUGGUACGCUUUUCAAACCACAGGUAUGUUCUUAUUUCAAUACCAGUCAAUACCAUAUGGUAUAGACUGGUAAAAAAUGACUCAAUUUUUUUGUUCGAAAAAUAUAUCAAAGUGGAUAUCAUUUUGAAGAGCACAAUUAAUAUGAUCUAACUGUGCAAAAAAAAUUAAAUUUCAACUUAAAACGAGUGAGAAAUCGUCUUAAAAACUUUCCAGGAGAGAGGGAUGCAGAUGUCAUGCUGAUGUGGGCUGGUUACUCAUGGUUACUCACCAUAAGGUUACUGACCUGGUUCGUUCCCGAGCCGAGUCAGUCGGACCACUAAAACUGUCACCAGGCCUCAAAACCAGCUCGACAAAACAUUAAGCCGGAACGGCGUUUUGAAGCGGUCGAUGAACGGUCGAGACGAAGCGAUCACCUGGCUUUUUCAUUCCGGCCGAUGGGUUUAAUUAAAAAAAAUUGAAUUCUGAAAGGGGAAAAAACAUCGGUAAAGAAACCCUAACUCUAAUUCUUAUCUACUUCGUCUUCUUGCAAACUGAACAGAGAGAGGAUUGCGCCGCUUGCCCUCUUCCCUCCGAGAGUCCCUGUCGCCAUCACCACUCCCCAUCCCCGCUUCCCGUCGCCAUCGCCAGUCCCCAUAGCCGCUCCCCGCUCGUCGAUCUGGCUAGUUCGUCGUUGAUUUGGCCAGCGAACCCCCGACGAACCCAGGUCAGCCUCUCUUCGGCAAGCAAACUCCCGGCGAACCCCGCUUCCCUGCUCCGACCGGCGUCCGUCCUCCCGGCGCCUGCUCCUGCUCCGGCUGGCGCCACCUCCUCCCACUGACCUGCUCGGCUACUCGACAAGUCCCAUCUCCCAUUCCCUGCUCGACGCAACAUAGGUAUAUUUUGAUUCUCGGUUGUUUGUUUCUUCUAUUAUUGAAUGGCAAGAUCCCUUCUAAUUCAAUAUGAGAUAGGUGAUUUCAGGACUGAUUGGCAUGGAAUCGUGAUGUGUGUUUUUAAUAUCAAAUGUUUCUUUUGAUUUCAAUGUUUGAUUGGCAUGGAAUCGAGAAUGGCAAAUCUCACACAAAAUCCCAACCAUCCAUCAUUGAUUUGAGUUCCUUCUUCGCUCGUUGCUUUUCCUGCAGCUAGCAACUAGUGGUGAUGAAAUUGGACGUGGAGGUUUUGAGAUACCUCUCGAAGGAUGAUUUCAGAGUUCUUACUGCUGUAGAGAUGGGCAUGAGGAACCAUGAGAUUGUCCCUGCAGAAUUGAUUUCUCGGAUAGCUUCUCUUAAGCAUGGUGGCACUUAUAAAGUAUUGAAGAACUUGCUCAAGCAUAAAUUAGUGCACCAUGACUCCUCAAAAUAUGAUGGGUUCCGGCUUACCUAUCUUGGAUAUGAUUUCCUUGCAAUUAGAACUUUGGUCAAUCGAGGAGUCAUCACGUCUGUUGGCCGUCAAAUUGGGGUUGGAAAAGAGUCUGAUAUAUUUGAAGUGGCUACAGAGGAUGGUACAGUUUUGGCUAUGAAGUUGCACAGGCUUGGUAGAACUUCUUUUAGGGCUGUGAAAUCUAAACGUGAUUAUCUGAGACACAGAAAUAGUUUUAGCUGGCUCUAUUUGUCUCGACUCGCUGCACUCAAGGAGUUUGCUUUUAUGAAGGCUCUGGAAGAUCAUGGUUUUCCAGUUCCUAAAGCUGUGGAUUGUAAUAGACACUGUGUGAUUAUGUCCCUUGUUCAAGGCUAUUCACUUGUGCAAGUGAGGCAAUUGCAAAAUCCAGAAGUUGUCUUUGAAACAGUUCUUGGUCUUAUCGUUCGUUUGGCAGAACACGGGCUCAUUCAUUGUGACUUCAAUGAAUUUAAUAUUAUGAUUGAUGACGAUGAGAAGGUGACCAUGAUUGAUUUUCCCCAGAUGGUAUCCGUGUCUCAUCGGAACGCCCAAAUGUUCUUCGACCGUGAUGUUGGAUGCAUCUAUAAGUUCUUUGCUAAGAGGUACAACCUCUCUUUUCAGGAUGAUGCAGAUGAUAACAAUUAUGCACAGGCAGAAACUGAUGAAGCUGGCAGACCUUCGUUUUCCUCGAUUUCUAAGUCUUCUGGUUUUCUCGAUAAGGAACUUGCUGCUAGUGGAUUCACACGGAAGGAUCAAGAUGAUAUGGAGAAGUUCAUUGAAGGAGAUGCUGACAGCGAGGAAGAUGAGGGUGAAGAGCAUGUUUCAGAGACGAAUGAAACCAACAUCACAAACUUAGAUUCUUUGCAGAUAGAAGAUCAGGAAGAGCAAAUGAAUGAAGAGGAGGAAAAAGUUGUUGCGAAUCAAUUGAGUGAAAAGGCACAAAGCGAUGGCCUUGUAGCAAAAAAUGAUAAUUAUGAGGAAGACGAAGACAACGAGAAUGCAACAGAGAGUGAUGCAGAGCUGACCAAGAGGCUGAACAAGCACAAGAAGCGAGCAAUAGCAGCAGCCCGUGGAAGGCAAAGUCGAAUCUCCUCCAGAAAUUUAUACAAAGACAAGGGCGGUAGAUCCUCUCAGAGCUCCAAAGUUCAGAAGAACUUUGGUGGCUGGUAAAACCAAAGGCAUAGAAUCCAUUUGGAGGGUUUUAUAUACGGUUGUGUGGUUGGUUCUUUAGCCGCCUUGUGUCUGAAAGUUUUGAUAUAUAGGUGAGAGACCAAAUUAGAAGAGAGCUUGUUAUUACAAUGAGUUGGUGCGGUUGUGCUUUUCAUCGAGGUUUGUGAAAUCUUUCCGGGCAUCGAACUGAUCAGGUUAUUAUCGAGAUGUUCAUGGUGUGAUGCUCCUUGAACUGGAAAUGAAUUGAACUACCACGAGCUCCAAUCUAAUUUCCACCUACUCAACUCAUGGCACAGUAAUAUAUGAGCUUUCAAUCAUUUUAAAUCUGGGCUCCAAAUGUAUUUUUUUCUUUCUGAGCUUCCAAGGUUCACAAAGUUGUUUAUUUACUACGAGUAAUCAUUGGUACAUAAUACAUAUUGAUACCCGUGAGCUUUUCCAGCAGUGAACCCCUCUUACUAAACUUCCUUUCACAAACAGAAUUUAAAGUAGCCUAGCAACAUCAACCGCACCACAACAUAACAUGCCACACAUACACUUAUGUAAUGUGCUUCUUUCCCCCUCUUAAAGAAGUAGAAGGUGACUAUGAAGAAGGAUGACUACCCAUGUUGUGAUAUCUUUUUGAUACGAGCCAAACAGUUGUCUUUCGGUCGCGGGUGAGGCAAGUACUGUAUUGGACACUCUGGAUUCACAAGUUCCAACCUGCAACAAUAAUCUGAAAAUCAUUCAAAUCUCUAAAUCGCGAAUCAGAACAGUUACUGUUGGGAUCGAGUAAACACUUAGAUGAGGGAUAUGUUGCAAGUUGCACUACUUACUCAUAACCGACGAGGAUAUAGUGUAAAAAAGCAGCGAUUUCGAUCUUAGCAAAAUCAUUUCCAGGGCACAUAUGGCUUCCUGCUCCAAAUGGUGGGAAAGUACCCGCCUUUGGCUUCAGAUUCUACAUUUGAGAAACUUCAAUUAGUGUGAAUACGUAAUUCUAUUCGCCCUGCACUACAUCUCAGGUGUGACAAAUGUGCUUUUCAUCAUGUUAAUAUGGGAUUAUGAACUUACAUCCCAUCUGGAAGGGUAAAAUGCUCUUGGAUUUGGGUAUACCUCUGGGUCCAAACGCACACCCCAAAACCAAACUAGUGCCCUCCAACCCUUGGGAAUCGUAUAACCUGAGAGAGUACCAAAAAAAAAACGAUUUACAUUUUCUCAAGCACACAAUGAUUUGUUCAAAUACGACGUUCUGGAGAUUGAUCAAAGAUUAAUCCGACCCAUCAAUAGACUCACCGCACGUAUCUACGUCUGUUUUCGCUUCUUUAAAUACUAGGGGUGGCUAUACGGUCCAGUCCGGUUAAAUUGACCCAAAUUGAUCCGGUCCAGUCCGGUCUUUUUGAAAAUAUAAGGACCAAAGAUUGGAUUGGAUACAGUCCGGUCUUGAUCCAGUCUGGUCUUGACCCGGUCCGGUCCCAAUUCGGUCUUGAUUUUAUAUUGAGCUUGUGGAAAUUUGAGUGGCCUUAGGCCUGAAAGGGUAAGGAGUUGGUUAAGUUUUGUACUAAGUGCAAAAGUUUGUGACCGUUUAUGCAAAUUACCCUUAAGUUUUGGGUGUUGAGCUCUCUUAUCGGGACUGUGAUCCGGUCCCGAACGGGUUUUUACCUCAAAUCUAAGCCCAAAGAUUGGAUGGAUUGUUUACUAUCCAGUCCGAUCCGGUCUUCGUCCGAAUUAUACGGUCCGGUUUUGGGUAAAACCAAAAAACCCGUACCAAAUAGCCUGCCCUACUAAAUACAACGAGUGAGAAUGUUAUAAAUCUUAGUGUCUCAU